AUGCCAGUCCCUCCUCCCCCUGUAGGUGUGUCGUCACCACCUCCUCCACCAACCAACAUGGUGGCUGUGAAACCUCCCUCGAGUGCAGGACGUGCCAAUCUUCUCAACGAUAUUGAAAAGGGUAAAAAAUUGAAAAAGGUCCCAGAAAGUCAAAAGAAUAUUCGUGAUGGAGCCUUGAUUGAAACACCAAAAGGUGGUGGUGGUAGCAGUAGUUCAGGAGGUGGUGGUGGUUAUAGUGGUGGUAGUGGUAGUAGUGGUUCAGGAGGAGGCUCUUCUGGUGGUGGAAUGGGUGGUUUUGUUCCAACCGGUAAUCCAAUGAUGGAUGAAAUUAGAAGAAAGCAAAUGAGCAAAGGAUCAAGUGGUGGUGGUAGCAACUCCCCUCCACCAAGUAUGCCCUCUUCAAAGCCUUCCUUUGGUAAACCUCCAAUGGUUCCAGGAGGUAGUAACAACAGCAGUAGUGGUGGUGGUGGUGGAUUUGGAAAACCUCCCAUAGUUCCAGGAGGUAUGAAAUCAAUUCCGACCCGAAGACCUCCUUCCUUUGAUGAUGAUGAUGAUAGUAAUAAUAAUGACGAUGAUGAUCGAUCAUCAAGCCAUUCACAACCUCCUCCACAGAUUCCCUCUCGUGGUGUACCUCCUCCGGUUCCAUCAUCGACUCGUGGUGUGCCUCCUCCAGUUCCUGGCACUAGAAAUACAACAAGCUCUCCACAACAACAACAACCUCCACAAAUACCUUCUCGUGGUGUACCUCCUCCAGUACCUGGAUCAAAGCCUUCAUCGAUUUCACCACCAAGCUCAGAUCAAUCACCAACAUCAUCAAGCGCUAAUUCAUCACCAUCUUAUUCCAAUAAUGCAAGACCAGUGUUGCCAUCAUCGAAUAAGGCUCUCAAUAGCAAGCCUAUGGUUCCUCCACCUUCAUCACUCCCUUCAUUAGGUGUUCCAAACAUGGGUGGUAAUAGUCCAAAUGCUCCUCCAAAGCCAAGCUCUCGAUUCGGAAGCUCCAAUAAUCUCAAUGAAAGCACAAGCAGCAACUCGUAUGGAGGUUAUUCAAAGCCAAACCCUCCAAGUGUACCUUCGAGACCAUCGAGCAAUGUGGACAAUUCUUACACGAGCACUUCAUCAAAACCAACUCCUCCAACCAUUCCUUCAAGUAAGCCUCCAACCACACCAUCAAGGCCAACUGCAGGAAAAGUUGGAUAUCAAGCUUCUUCAACAUCGUCCUAUCAAGAUAAUGAUGCAGAUGAACAAAUUCAACAAGCUACAUCGAAAAUGCACAAUUUUGUACAACAAAAAGGAUAUAAGGAUAUUAAUCAAGUCACUGAUCGAGAUAUGGGUGAUUUAGAAAAGAAUAGAAUUUCAACUGCCAACACUGUACCACUGAAAUCAAGUGCUGCUAUCGACGAAAUUGAAAGACUUGCCUCUCUCUUGCAACGAGGGCUCAUUGACGAAGAGGAGUUUGCUGCCAUGAAAAAGAAAGUAAUUUUCAACAACUAA